GAGGUCCGGGCGGCCGUUCCGCCCCCCCGCGCUGCGGUCGGGGCUCGGCCCCGCUCCGUCCCGCGGCGCAGGGAGCCGGGCCGGUGCCAGGGCUGCCGCCCGGGCCGGGGCCGCAGUCCGGGCGCCCCGCGCCGGCAUGGCCCGCUUCUCGGCGUUCCUCAAGCCCGUGCUGCUGCUCUUCAGCUGCGACCUCUGCCUCGUGCGAGCCAACAGGCCACCGUCCCCUGUCAACGUGACCGUGACGCAGCUGAAGGCGAACUCUGCCACCGUCUCCUGGGACGUCCCAGAAGGAGACGUGGUCAUCGGCUAUGCCAUCUUACAGCAGCGGCAGGACGGACAGAUGCAGCGCUUCAUCCGGGAGGUGAACACCACCAACCGCGCCUGCGUGCUGUGGGACUUGGCGGAGGAUGCUGACUACAUCAUCCAGGUGCAGAGCAUCGGCCUGUACGGGGAGAGCCAGGCCAGUAAGCGUGUCCACUUCCGAACCCUGAAGGAGACCGACCGCCUCCCUUCCAACAGCUCCAACCAAGGCGACAUCACCAUGGAAGGGCUGGACAAAGACAGGCAGCUGCAGACAGGCGAGAUCAUCAUCAUCGUGGCCGUGCUGCUCAUGUGGGCAGCGGUGAUCGCCCUCUUCUGCAGACAGUACGACAUCAUCAAGGACAAUGACUCCAACAACAACAAGGAAAAGACCAAGCCGUCCUCGGAGCACAGCACGCCGGAGCGGCCGAGCGGGGGGCUGCUGCGCAGCAAGAAGAAGUCUCCCUCAGUCAACAUAAUCGAGGUGUAAGCGCAGCACCAGCUCCGUGUCUGGGGUCCUGGGCAGCCUGCUGGAGCCAAAGCAGGCCUUGGAAGAAGAGGCAGCACCAGGCGCCCAGCCUGGAACUCUGCAUGCGAAGAUCCGCGUAUCAGAACUUACCGCUUUCCCGAGGGCGCCUGUCCGGGGACGCGCAUGGAGCCGGCUCCCAGCCAUGCAUGCAGCGUGCGGCCCUGCCCGUCCCGCGCGCCUGGCCCCGCUCCCGCUGCUGUGGAGCACGGAGCUGAGAAGGGCCGGGGGGCCACGCCGCCAGCCCGGGGGGCAAGUCGAGGAGAGCAGAGGGGCCGGGGCUUGAGGGGAGGCAGCGCCGGCUCAGCCCAGCCUCGGGUGCAGCCCGCGGACGCGGUUCCCCAGCCCAGAGCAGAGCUUGCCCUCGGCUGCUGUGUCUGGGCCCGGAGGGCAGGAGCUGCUCUGCGUUUGGCCCCGAGACCAAGGGGAUGGGGCAGUGCAGGCGUUUGCCCCAGUGCCGCCAGGGAGGUUGUGGCUGGGGGGCAGAGGGUUUGUCUCUGGGGCUGUAGAGUGGAUCUCUGCUGAACGGGGCUGCGCUGUGCCCCAUCAUUGCCGUGUAGGGGGUCCAGGGCCUCUCCCUGCUGCAGGGGACAAAGACAUGUUGAGCGCGAGGAGCUCGUGCGGCCGCGGUGCCUGGACGAGCCGCAGAGCGUGCAGCCGGGGCAGGAGCCGUGCGGAGCUGCAGGAGCAGGCACCGCUGCUGGCCCCUGGCAGGGUCAGUUCUGUCGCGUUCCGGCUGUUUGUGGGGAGCGGCCAGGCGCCCUGUGUGCAGCACGGUGGCCAUGCUGCCUGCGGUGAUGUGCUGAGGCCCAGGAGGGCGUGCGCUGCAGGGCUCAUCACUGCUCUGGACAGCCCUGCUGUGACAGCGUCACGUGCUGCUCCUGGCUCCUGUCUUGCGGGGGUAUGGUUGCUGCUGCUGUUUCUGGGGCUGGUCCCGUGGCCUGCACGAGGCUGGCUGCUGGAACACAGGCCUGUUGGAAAGGGCUGGCCCUGCGUGCCCAGAGCUGCUGUUGCUCGUGCGAGGCUGUGAGCCAUGGGCCACGCUGGGGCGGGUGCAGCGCUGCCCGGGCCGGCGGGCAGAAGUGUCUCACUGGUAUCUGCGCUGCCCUGUGUCCCGGGCUGGGGCACGUGUCCUCUUGCCAGCAGCGGGAGAGAACAGGGACAUGAGGGGAGGGUCUCUGCUGCAGAGAUGGCAGCUGCUGCUCUCCCUCCGUGCUCUGCUCUGCGGGCUCUCACUGAGCCGGGGUGCUGGCUCUGCAGCCCUGGACUCCAGCAUCACAGGAUCCAGUGUCUUCCAGAAAUAAACCUCCCCGUAAAGCACUGUCAGGACUCUUCCUCCCAGGCGCUGCUCAGCUCCUGCUGCAGGACAAGGUGGGGAAGGGGCAGCAUAAGCAACGCCCCGUGGUGGGGUCUUCUCAAUAAAAGCAUCCUGGCUCAAAGGCA